AUGGAUGCCGCUUUUUGGAACCUCCAAGAGUCGGCCUCGGCGCAAAAUCUUGAUGAGUACUUUCAACAAUUCUUCGACACAAACGGAACGGAAUAUCAGAACGACCCUAUGCUAUCAACUUUGCACGACAACGUGGUCGAAGAUGGGUCCGUGAUGGUAUACCAGGCCAGUGGAAAGCAGUCCAAUACGCGGAUGGGAGAAACAGACACAUCUAUGGAUGUAGAAACCGCCAACUCCGCCAUACUGUCCCAGCUGUACUGGCCAUUGUCGCCUAGAGAACAUGUCACGGAAACCGGUGCCUCGACACCGUAUCUGCUGCAACAAAGUCAGAGACAGGAGCAACAUGUUGCUCAUUAUGUUAAUCAACCACAACCCGUCUUCACGACGCACCAACACUUCGAGAUGUUGCCCGCCAGCGACCUCAUCUACUCUUCUGGCCAGAGCGAAGAUUAUACGUUCGGCAUUACGUGUCAACGAAAUGAGGAGCAGCAUAACAUGGCCUCAACCUCGCUAGGAACACCAGCAGGGACUUCGACGGUUCCUUGUUCUCAGAUGAGUGCCAGCGGGCUCACUGUUCACACCGUAAAUUUCUUCCCCCUCAUUUCGCCAGCAUCGAAUGCGCAAAGCGACCAGGGGCUCUUGUAUGACCAAUUGCUGUCCUCUUCAGCUUAUGACCUCCAAGACGAAAUGGCUGUUGAGACGACGAUUGCGCAGCUUCCAGUUGCAGAAUUGCCAGUGAAGGCUUGCGACACCAAUACCUCAAGGGCAACGGCGAAGGCCCGUGUGCAGCAUUCACCUACUUUAACGCCUCGGCGUGAGAGAGCCACGUCUACACUCUUGCAGGUCUUCUCCGAGACGCGAAAAGCGAACGAGGAUGAAUUGGGCCAGACGCCAGAAAGUCAAGAGACAGCACUAACGAGAGGUGGAAAGUCUGGAAAUCCUUCGAUUUUGGCCAAAAACAUGUCAAAUAUGUCACCGCCGCUUUUUCCACAGCCGGAACAUCAGAACAGAUCACUGUUCAUUCAACCUCAGCCUCAGCCCCAAUCCUAUCCUACAAUACCAGCUGACGUUCAUGGAGAGCCAUCUCCUUCAGCUCCGGCUACUCUCAUAAAGCUCACCGCCUCCAGUGCAAACAACUCAACACGGUCGAAUGCUCAAGAGCUGAGGGGAUUAAAGCACAUGAAGUUCUCCGAGCUACCCGAGUCCGUGAACUUUUCUUCAAGUUUUGAGCAUUCAGAUUUAGACAUGGCAACGCCGAUUCAAUCACGAACAGAUCCUAGAUCAGUAAUGUCCUCUUCAAUGCAGUCGCUUGGUCCGCCAGCAGUCGAAAAGCUUACUGCCACCGCAGCAAGCGCAAGCCCCAAUGCUGCAGCCGGGUCGACAGGUAUUGCAGCGGGAGGAAUGCCCCAUUUUUUGGAUAGAGGAAGUAAAAGCAGAAGGACAAGCGUUUCUCCAGUCCAUGCCUCGUCUGCCCUCAAGCAAAGGUCAUCUCCCAGCAUCAAGCCGCUCUUGCCUGGGACGCCUGGAGGGUACUCUGCGCAGGACACGGUAACUGAUUUGUUGGCCUCGAAGUCGAACUAUCAGAACAUCCUGGAAGGCAACACAGUGCCUGGUGUGACGUAUCCGAGUGAGAUGUCAACCAACCUCACGUUGAAACGUGCCUCCCACAAGCUUGCAGAGCAAGGCCGACGGAACCGAUUCAACCUGGGCUUAGAAGACAUGGCAAGCUUGUUGCCGCACGCACUAGACGAUUCCAUGAAUGGCGAAAAUGACGAGAAAACAAACAAGAGUGUUAGGGUAGGGGGGGCAUCGAAUAGUAAGGCCAACAUUGUUGAGCUGGCGCUCGGAUACAUCAAACAGCUGAAGAAGGAAGUCGCCGACGCCAACAAAAGGGCUGUAGAGGCGGAGAAUAAGUUGGGGCUCGGGAGACAUCAGUGCGAAAAAAACACCGUCGGGGCCGAGUUAGGCAUAUAG